CCCUUCCGUUCCCUUCCCUUCCUCUGCUCCGCGGCUCCAGAGGAGCUCAGUGUGCUCUGUCUCCCUUCUCUCUCUCUCUCUCUCCACCGUCUCUCUGUCCUGCACUGUGAGUAGACUGUGACCCGGGUUACGGAGAGCUCCUCAUCUUCCUCUCCCUCUCUCUCUCUCAUCGCCAUCCUUCGCCUUAUUUACCGGUUCAGGCCCCCGCGGUUUUUCCUGGACCCUCUUCUUGGUUAGUUCAUCUCGCCACGAGCAGAAGAAAGAAGCGCACCGCCCCCAUUACGUGCGCGCCUGGAGCAAGGAUGGGAGCGGGAGGAGAAGGGAACGCGGCGGCGGCGGUGAGGGUGCUGGUGGUGGACGACUCCCCCGUCGACCGGAAGGUCGUGGAGCUGCUGCUCCGGAACCACAAGGGCGGCGCCGCGCCUUUCCACGUUACCGCCGUUGACAGCGGGAAGAAGGCGAUGGAGCUUCUCGGGCCAAAGGGGCAAGGGAAGCUGGAUUCAUCUGAUGCUGACUCUAAUGAGCUAUCCGUUGACAUCGUGCUGACGGACUACUGCAUGCCCGAGAUGACUGGCUAUGACCUUCUCAAGGCCAUCAAGGCGUUGAGCACCCCGAACCCGAUACCGGUGGUCGUAAUGUCGUCGGAGAACGAGCCCCAGCGGAUCAACAGAUGCUUAACAGCCGGUGCUGAGUAUUUCAUCCUCAAGCCCCUCAAGUCCAAGGACGUGCAGCGCCUGCGCAACUGCUCAAACCCCGCCAAGCCCAAGGACGCGGAUGAUGCUCAGUGCAAGAGCUUGAGCAGCAGGAGGAAGAUGCCCUCCGAUCAAAUUGCCAAGAAGGCAACGUCCGAGCAGAGAUCACAAAUUGCAAGACUAGCCAUGGUGCUGAAUGCCUCCAGCGUCGAGCUGUCACACUACUUCCAGUUCCUUUUCAAGUUCAUCCUGGUCGCGUACGCGGUGCUGUGCUUGGGCGAGCUCCUCCACAGAUGGUCCAACGGCUCCUUCCUCUCCCUGUGGUCAUCCUGAGACUGAAAACCAAGCAGUAUGAGUGUAACUAAGGUUGCGCGCUUUUAAUUUGAUUUUCCUUGUAAUUCAGGCAUGAGGAGCUAGCUCCUCCUCGGCAUUGCUCCCUAUAUUUCAGUUUUCAGCAGCUGUUCCUAGGUAGAUUAUUGUUUGCUUGGAGGCCCUAACAGCGCGCGGUUCGGGUUAAUCUAGCUUCGGUUCUUUGAGCGCCGCUUCCUGGGAGAAGAUCGGAAGAACCGCGACAAAAAUGUGGUGAUAUGAUGAUAUCCCCUUUUGCGGAUUGUAUAAGUGCAUGAUUUGAGAGGGUAUCUAGUGUCGUUGUUAAUGGAGAUCUCCGACUUGAUCUGCUGA